UUGAGUCGGUCAGUGUUUAACUGUCGCUCGUGAAAGAAGGAUAUACGCAAUGCAUUGAACAUUUCGUGCUCAUUUGUGCUUUUUUUUACGUUCUCACGUUCACCAUGACGGGGAGUAAGAACGGCAACGAGCCAGAGACCAAAUCACCGCGGGAAAGUGGCGAGGACAGUGAGGACGAGAGUGAGAUACUGGAAGAGAGUCCUUGCGGAAGAUGGUCCAAGCGGCGGCAGGAGGUCCAGCAGCGGGAUGUGCCAGGCAUCGACGCUGCGUACUUGGCCAUGGAUACAGAUGAGGGCAUGGAAGUCGUAUGGAAUGAGGUCGUCUUCAUCACGGAAUACAUGUCUUCAGGGUCACUGAAAAAGUUCUUGAAGCUGACCAAGCGCAAUGUGAAGAAGCUUCCUCUGCAGUCUUGGAAGCGAUGGUGUACCCAAAUCCUCUCUGCUCUCAGUUACUUGCAUUCGUGCUCCCCCCCUAUCAUCCACGGCAACCUCACAACCGACACCAUAUUUAUCCAGCACAACGGCCUCGUCAAGAUCGGCUCAGUGGCACCUGAUCAGAUCCACUCCCAUGUCAAGACCUGCCGAGAUGACAUGAAAAACAUGCACUUCAUUGCCCCGGAAUAUGGAAGCCAUGCACCAGUAACCCCAGCAGUAGAUAUCUAUUCUUUUGGUAUGGCAGCUUUAGAGAUGGCUGCCCUUGAGAUACCAGGCAAUGGAGACUCGGGCAAUAUUGUUACGCAGGAGCAGGUGCAAAAAACUAUACAUUCCCUUGAACAUGAGUCCCAGCGGGACUUCAUUCGGCAGUGCCUGAUUGCAGACCAUAAUAAACGACCUCGCACCACAGAAUUACUUUUCCACAAAGUCUUGUUCGAGGUCCACUCCUUGAAGUUGCUUGCUGCUCACUCUCUCAUACACAACCCAAAGAAGUCCAACAAGAACAUUGACAACUGUGUAGAAGAAAUGCUGCAGCACCAGUACCAUCAGGACAGCAUCUUGGCUGAGAUUAAACACAAGGAUCGUGAACCGACGCUCUUUAGGAUGAAGGAUAUCCCAGUCCUAGAGAAGCUUGAGAAGUUCAUGGAAGAUGUUAGGUAUGGUAUUUACCCUCUAACGGCCUUCAAGCUUCAGCAGCCACCUCCGUCCCGACCUCGAGCCAUUUCCCCAGAGGCAGUUGAUCCCGUUGCAUCGGAUGCCCAGGAGGUGGCACAGAUGGAGACCCGUAAAGUUAUAAACAUGAUGUGCAACAUUAAGCCUAAUGAAAAUGGACAUGGUUUGUUUAUGACCAUCUCAUUACGUUUAGAAGACAAGAUGAAUCGGCAGCUCUCUUGUGUGGUAGAAGAUGGGGAAGGAGCUGCUGCACUUACUGAUGAGCUUGUCAGAUACGGUUUUAUUAGCCAAAUUGACAAAGAUGAAAUAACCAGUUUAAUAGAAGAUCACCUAACACGGGUGCGAAAUGGUCUUUCUGUGUCAAUGGCUUCAGGCCGAAAUGGAGUGGGAGGCAGUGUUUCAGGUCAAGACACUCUGCGUGUAAUGCAUCCCCCUACGAUCACAACAGCAACUAGAUAACACCCAUGAUUCUCCCACACUCAGGCACAGCCCGUGUACCACACACUGUGAACUUAAUGAAAAGAUUUUGUUUAUUAAAGUCUUAAUUCUGCAAUAGAUUUUUUCCUUUUUAUUAGGUGCAUUUAGGGGUAGUGAAAAAAACAGACCAAACACAACUUUGUUUUUUGUGCAGUACACUAAGUUGAAAAUGUGAAUAUUUAUAUAUAUAUAUCUGAGUUUGUUGUUUGGUCGUGAAAGCAUUUGGGAGAUGUCAGGUGCACACGGGAGUUUGUCAUGUUAGAUGGAAUAUGUCGUAGAGAAUGAUAUUUUGACAUGUUAACAUGAGCUCCCAGGUAUUGUGAUAAGAGAAGACUAUGAGGGCUCAUUUGUGCUUAAUGGGUCGAAGGUUCUUCCCUCCUCGCUCUCCCCUCGUCUUAUUCAGUGCCCGAGCUGAUAUCCAGCGAGGUAACAGAGAGGCUCAUAGUGUAGUCUGUCUGUCCUAGGCAAGGAUGGCUGGAUGAGGAGAUGGCUGUAUUGUGUACUCUUUAGAUACUUUUUUUAGGGGGGAGUUGAUUGUAAUGACACCAUGUUAAAGAUUUUUUUUUUUUCUUGCUAUAUUGUUCUUUGAGAAUAUUGUACGAGAACCAGCAGUGAUUGAUUAAUUUUGAGUAUAUGGAUCCCUGAGAAGUUUAUUUGUUUUGCUCCUGACUUAUGAAGCAUUCAUUGUGAUUAGUAUUGUCCAUCGUAUUUUUUUAUAUUGGAAAGGUAUUUUAUGGUGAAUCAUAUAUUUUUCAUGAAAAGGACAUAUCAAUGAAGUAAAAGGAUCAAUGGAAAGCUUGGUAAAUAAUGCUGAUCUGUCUCGUCCUUACAUGUAGUACAUUUAUACUUUUGAAGUAUGUGUGGCAGUAUUGUAGUGUCUCAUUCAAAUGUGCCUGGGGAAAACUAUUUGCAAGGAUCUGAAAAUCCAAGAAUGUAAUGUAUAGGUGUUUCAUUUUUACCCAGAUACAUCCUACACGCUCUUUGUAAUUUGCAGUUUUUUGGGAACCAGUGGAGGUAGGGCUCCUCUUUAGGCUCUUGAGCAACAUCGUGUUUGGCAAAUCAUCCAAGGCAUUAAUGCUUCAUUGCUUUGACUUUCAGUUUGUAAGCUGCAUUGCAUAGAUAUUCUGUCCCAAUUUCAGGACACUUGGAAGACUGGUGAGAGGAAAAAAAAGAUUAAUUCAGUAAAUACAGUGUUUGGAGGAAAGCAUUGACUAAAGUGUGUUUUAGAUAGUAAUGUCUUUAAAGUCAUAUUUGUUUUAAAUUACUUAAAGUCUGGCAUCUUGUAAACUUUCACUGAUAAUACAAUACCAAGUUUUUGCCUUACGGAAUUGAAAUCGUGCUUUGGAGUAUUUGUGAAUAUGACAUUUCAUUGGGUAAUUUCAUGUGCUUAUGGUAAGACCAGCUAUAAUAGUCUUUAUACACAAAGACACUUGUUCCCUGCAGAUUAUGCAUGGUACAUAGUUUUGUACACUUAUUACUAUGCAUGGUACAUCAGUAUUAUCAUGUUUAGCUGCAGAGCUUAUUGGUCAGUUGCUUCUGAUCUAACACAACUUGUUAUCCUUUGUGUUAAUGUGACAUACCUUACCAUACUCUGUUUUAUAGACUAUAUAUGUUAGAGGGGGAUCCUAAGCCUGUUCAGUUACAGUUCUUAUAGAAUGAAGCGUAUAGAAUGACAUGGAGUAAUUUCUUGGUCACUUGAAUAUUAUUUGAUAUUAACAUGUGGUUUACUUCUGUUACUGUGUGUGCACCUUCUGUGUCCAUACUUUUUUGUAAUAUUAAGGUUUAUCUUGAUUUGUAAAUAUUGGCAUGAUAAAUUCUAGGUUGGAGCUUGUUAAGACACUUUUCUACUUGAAGGUUUAGGUGUAAUGUCCAAAACUGAACACCUGCUUGUAAGUCUUUGCUUAUGGGCUAGUGAUUGUCAAGUUGAGCAAGAAAUAAUGUUUUAUAUAAAAUUUGGUUAUUGGUUUGAUUACAUUGAGUGGUACCUGUUUCAGUUGCUCUUCAUUUUUUUCAAGUUAAGUGAAGACUGCAGCACUUGAAGCAGACGAUCUUGUGCUGUGUAGCACCUAUUAUAAGUAUACCAUCAUUGUCAAAAGGAAUCUUUGAAAAGUGUCUUUUCUUAUAGGGUUUCUAAAAAGGAAUAGAAGGGAUUGACUUGUGAUUGUCAUUUAUCAUGUGAAUUUCUUUUGGAUUUUUUUCUUGGUCUUAAUUUGAUGCUGCUUAUAUGGUAAGCUGGCUACAAUUAAGGACACUGGGAAAAUAAAUUCAUAUGUGAAGUAACAUAUGAUGCAAAAGCAUGCACCAGGAGAAUAAGCAAAGGUAUUCAGCCACCUACCAAGGCUGUCAAUACCUAAUCUAGUCUAGUGGCACACACCUCAGAAGAAACCCAGAAGGAUGAUAGCUGCGGUGCUACAAAUGGCCUGUUUGUUUCAUGUUGCAUGAAAGGAAAAACACUAAAAGUUGUACUUUUGUAGUGUUUUACAAGAGCCACCAGUUCUUAGUUGGUUGUCUGUGACAGCAGUAAUUUGUAAAUGUUCCAAGUAAUUUGUUCAUAGUAUGCAAAACAGCGAGAGGUUGUUAAACUGGAAUAUAGGAAAUGAGAUUUCUGUUCUGAAAGAUUCUUGGAAACCAUGGAAAAAGGUUUGCUGAAGUGAUCCUAUGUAUCCUGAAGUUCACCUUGGACAAUUACUUGGUCAUUAUUUGUAUUGGUGAAUGGCUGACGGCUGGGAGGGGGGUUAUCUUUUGAUUACUUGCUCAAAUGAUGGAUACAUGUCACUACACUAUAACCUCAAUGUUUCAUAUAUAGUUUUUACUCUGUUGUGCCUUUUAAUGAGGAACACUUUUUAUUUUUAAAUGAUUAUUGGUAUCCAAAAGGUUUUAUUUUGACUGCUAAAAUGUCAUUAUGAGUGUCUGUAGGUAACUUUUCAACCAAAGAUUUGUGUCUAAAGUUGUUACUCAAUAUAAAUCACCCACAUGAGUUUACAGGAAUAAACUAUUUUGGGUGUUAUUUGAUACUCCUUUUUUAUUAAAGAAAUCUUUAGGGGGUGAAUGAUAAUUAAAUGUAGAGAGAUAUUGCACAACAUUUCAUGGAUAGAAAUUUUUUGAGAGUUCUUGGUGUACCUUUUGCUGAUGCACCUUGGAGAGCUUGUUAUUAUCAGUUAGCUAUAUGGCAUUGUAACAUUCUGUAAAAAAAUAAGAUAUAUACCUUGCUUGGUUAACUCAAGGGUACUAUAAUGAGGUUGGUGUAAAGCAUUUGUUUCCUCUUCUCUCUCCAACAAUUACUACAUUGCAGUUCAGUUAGAGAAUGUGCAGUCUUCUUGUACAGUUACCUAAUGGUUUAGCACAGGAUGUAUUGGAAUCAUCAAGGUGUUUGUAACCAGAAAAGAGGUUUUGUAUCUAUAUAAUCUGACAAUGAACACUUGUGUAUUGGGUCAGAACUUGAUGAUCAUUGUGUAACACUCCAUUAGGAAUGGUAUGUAAUGAUUUAUUAUUCUGCAAAAUUAUUUUGUUCAUUGACAUCCAAUAACAAAUGAAUAUUUUUCAGCACA